CUGUACGCUUAUUGCUCUGCAAACAGCCCCACGCCCUUCAGACUGAUAGAGCAUAGAUAGCCUCAUCACAUUACUUUCACUGGCCCGAGCGAUAUACGGCCGUUGCCGACGUUCCUCAACUAUUGCGGGGUCUUUGCCUCUCCAGGCAACGCUUCAUUUAACAUCUUCACCACUAUUACCUUCCCCCAAUAAAAACCAACCACAGCUAAUUAGCGGGCCCUCAAUUUCACUUUACUUUUGUUAUCAGCUCUGAUCCUUUGGUUCACCUUGGAUUCCGUUUCAGAAACUUUCAAUCGUAGGAAUAUAACGCUUUUUCUGUUCGUUCAAAGCAACAAGAACAAUGGAGGGGCCCAAUUUCACCAAUCCCUUGUAUUCUGCGCUUCCUAUAAGAAUGGGUUAUAUGGACCAUGCAAAUGCAGAUCUCACUCUGGAUGACAACCCUGCGCUGCUUUGGGAUUUAUACGACCACGGGUUCUAUCCUUUGCCUGACUAUGACCAACCAAUGAAGAAACAAAGGCAGAUCAGUCGCGACAGCAGUCGCAGCAGCAGCAACAGUCAUGAAUCCAUAAUCAACAUCCUGGACAGUGAUAGUGAUGAUUACAAUCGUCUUGAGUCAGGGAUCGAGUCAGGGGCCUCCUCGCGCCCAUCGACAAAAUCGCUCUCAUCAUCGGCCAUUGCCACCACGUCAACCUCAUCACGCUCCAACACGCACUCUGAAGCAGUGUACAUCGAUCUCACUUUGGACGAUGAAUUAUUGUGGCAGAUCACAGACAUCUUUCCGGGCAUCAGUCACCAGCAUGUGGAAGAGCUGAUCGAACUUUAUAAGAAGCCUCAAGAGCAUCAACCUGCGCCGCCCCUAGAUUCAUUGAAGGAAAGUGUUAUUGAAGAUAUCUUACGGCAUCCUAGCUAUCCUAAGCAGGAAAAGGCCAAGAAACGUAAGAUUGAGGACACAGACGAGGAAGCUACGAUACGGUAUCUGCGAGAUAUACCAGAACGAGGUAGUCGUGCAUACCUCCAACUAGCAACCAAUUUGUUAGCCCAAGAAUUUGGGUGGAUGCCGAUGAAACAUAUUCGGGAUGUUCUGGAAGAGAAAAAAGAGCUCUUUGCCGCGUAUCUCACUCUGCAUUCUCAAGAGAAUGAACAGACGGGAAAGUACACAAAGCUGAAAAGCAAAAGGUUUUCGAAUGUACCAAAUCUGGGCAAAAAGGAUGAUGAGGCACCUAUUGCUGAGAACCUGGCUCGCGAACUAGGAGCCGCCAAGAAGAAAGCUGAAAAGGAGGACGAUGCCCUUCGCAAAAAGAAGGAAAAGCAAGAAGCUGAGAUCAAAAAUGAAGAAGAACACAGCCGAGCUGGGAACCUCAUCGAAUGCCAGUGUUGCUACCUCGAUGUUCCAGCGAACCGAUCACUUCCUUGUGAGGGUGAUAACGUCCAUCUCUUCUGCUUUGCGUGCAUUCGAAAGUCUGCGGAGACUCAAAUUGGGCUUAUGAGAUAUCAAGUCCAAUGUGUCGAUACUAGUGGCUGUCAGGCAAAGUUUUCUCGCGCGCGGCUACAAGAAGCUAUCGGCGAGAGUUUGAUGGAAAAGCUCGACCGCCUUCAGCAGCAAGAUGAGAUCCAGCAAGCUGAGCUGGAAGGCCUCGAGGCUUGUCCGUUCUGUGAAUUCAAAGCCAUCUAUCCGCCGGUGGAAGAGGACCGCGAGUUCGUAUGCAAAAACCCUGACUGCGAAAUAGUCAGUUGUCGUCUCUGCCAGCAGGCAAGCCAUAUCCCGCGCACUUGCGCAGAAGCCAAAAAUGAGAAGAAUCUUCCUCAACGUCACUUAGUCGAAGAGGCAAUGAGCGAGGCUCUAAUCCGCCCUUGCCCCAAAUGCAAAGUGAAAAUUGUCAAGGAAAUGGGCUGCAACAGGAUGAUUUGCUCCAAAUGCGGGACUGCAAUGUGCUACGUUUGCAGACGAAAUAUUACCCGAGAGAUGUACGAGCAUUUCGAGCGACCUCCGACCUACUGUCCCCUCCAUGACAAUCCAGCAUUACGCUCGUUACAAGAGAUUGAGAAAGCUCAGAAAGACACUAUCGAUAGUUUAUUGGCACAAAAUCCCGAACUAAAGGAGGAGGAGCUGCGAGUCCAUGACGCAAAAGACUCGGCCGCCAAUAUGUCGCACGUCCUUCAAGGUCAUGGUAAUGGGCUCAUACGCCAUUUAGGGCAAGCGCCAAUCCAGCCCAAUCAUGUGGUGUAUCCAGGGCCAGGUAUUCCAGUAGGAAGAGUCAACCCCCCAGCUGUUGCUCACCGAUUCGAUGCACCCUUUGGCAACGGAAAUGGCUGGGGUGGACAAGGCUGGCUUCAGAACCCAUUAGGACAACCUAGGAACCCACCAGGACGCCCUGUGCCUACAAACGUCGUACAUAGGGGUGUAAACAAUCAGGGCAAUCCUCUUCAAGAUCCGGCGAGAAGGGUAGAUACCAGACCCCCAUGGCGAUACUAGUGGUAUAAACAUGAAUCCGUCUGGCGCCUACCGCUUUCUUGAUCGACGAUUUUGAUGGACGAUUAUUUGCUCCGCUAGGCCUUUGCACCUCGUUUUCAGUCCAGAACAAGCGACACACCAUACCCUAGAUCGAGACGCGUCGAUACUGCAGCUUCCAUCUUGGUAUACCGACUUCCCUCCCUUUUUCCCAACACAGUUUCUGCUUGCUAUGU